ACUACGGUCCACGGGAGAAAGGACUCGUCGCUUCUUUCUCCACUGAAUGCAUUGUUUUCAUACCAGAGAGAGGAGAGAGAGCUGCUCCUCUUCUGUGCAUUCCAGUGUCACAUUAUUAUUUACUAUUAGUCUAUUACCAAUUCAACUUCUCCUUGCUUCUUCAUUCCUUCCAUCUUCUUCGCCAUCUUCUUCUUCUUCUUCUUCUCCCAACUACUUUCUCCAAUCUCAAGCUUCUUUAUGCCAUCAGAGAUCUUAUUAUCAUCUCAUGCUACAUAAUCGCUUCAAUUCCAACAUUCCUUCAUCUCUCCACAUCUAUCUCUUUCUCUAUCUUAGCUAUCUUUCCAUGUCUGCGACUCUGUUAGCCCUCAUACUUCUUUUAUAGACCUCAAAAGAUUCAGUUAUUUUUGAGUUUUCGCACUGUUUUGAAUUAUGGGUUCUUCUGAUUUCUGGGUUUUCACGCAUUGCUUCUGCUUCUCUUGGGCUGUAUAAUCAUGAUUUUAUGGAGUUUCUAUGGGCUAGUUUGCUUGGAAUGAUUUCAGAAACUGCAACUUCUGUUGGGUCAGACCUGGUUUUUAGUUUCCAUAUAUGAACAGUCUUCCCUGAUGAUGUUGGUGUCUAGAUUCUUCUAGAAACUGGUUCUCCAAAAUGUGUUCUCGGGAGCAAAAUGCGCUAGGGUUCCUGAAUUCGUCGAAGCAACAAAUCGUUACGAAUGAUAAUGUAAAGCUCGCCAUGACCAAACCAUUCUCCAUAAGGGAGUAUGUUUUUGCAGCUCGUGAGAGAAAUAUCUCUCAUAAUUGGCCAUUUCCUGAUGAAUAUUUGCAAGUCUGUAUGAAACAUGGUGUCAACAGAGUGCUCCCACCAUUUGAAGCUCCUGAUUUAGUGAGGAAUCCAUCACAUAGAGAAGAUGUGGGCUUGAAUUGUGGUCAGGAUAAAAAAACACAUGUUAGUUUCUCUGAGAAAUACUUCCCAGCAAUUGAUGAACAGAAAAGAAGUGUCAAACUUGAGAGUGAAACCUACCUUGAUGGAGCAGUUUCAGAAGUUUCGAAACGGGUUUGCCUUUUAUCUAUUUCUGCCAGUAGAUACACUAAUGGAGAAAAUGGACAAAAAUUUGAUCUUGCUUGCCAUCAUGUGGUUCCGAAAGUUCACUCUUCAAGUACUUCUCCAAGUCCAACCUGGCAUGCUGAUCAGAGUCUUGUGGAGAUGCCUCCUAAUAAGAGAUUGAGGCAGAAAAGAAAGAAACACAAGGGGAAACCUAAGAAGCGCUUGCUAGUGGAUAUUUUUGCUACAGCUAGACCUUGCAUUUUGGAGGAACUGGAUAGGAGUCACACAACAGAUUGGACAACUUAUCCAAUUGUAGUGCCACAUGCUAUUGAUCCGGGUACCAUCAAAUAUGUAAUGUCUGUUGAUGAAGGCAAAGAAACUAUGGCUAUAACUGAGCAAGAUUGCAGACCUAAGUUAAUCAAGGAAUUUAGGAAGGGAAAACACCCAAAAGAUGACAAUACAGGCAGCAUUAAUUUGUCAGGGAAGAAGAGACGUACAUUGAAGAUCAACUUUAAUGGAAGCAUGUCCAAACUAAGGGACAGAAAAACAAACUCUAUUAGCACAAUUGAAAGAGAUCAGAAACCUAUAAAAGCUGAAAGCUUUGUGGACGAAGAAAAUGAAAGUAUGAUUAGUGUUGAGCUUGGUUGCAAGUCCAAGUUAGAAAUGGAGUCCUGGAACCUGAAGCAUCCAAAAUAUGACAGUGCAGGAAAUGCUAAUUUUUUAGGAAAAAAGAAAACAAUAAUAAAAAUCAAGCUCAAUGGUUCCAAAUCCAAAUCACAAAGAGGAAAAGUUUCUGGUGUUAGAACAGUUCAAAACAAGGACUCUUGUGAUCAGAAGCAGCUCUACCACUAGCAUUGGAGAUCCCAGACAUCUAUAUUUAAUUUAUGAUUCCUAAUGCCUCAAUAGCAGUGUCUCAAUUCUCAAACACAUAUGACGAACAACUGAUCAAAUAGAGCUUCCAACCUGCAUGCAAAGGCCUAAUAAGCAUCUGGGGAUCCAUGGAGAAGAUGGCAGUGAUAGAAAGGAAACUUAAAGUUCAUACUUCAGACUUAAGUGAAUGAAGCUUACUUCUCAGACAUGAAAUGCGUAAAAUCCUGCAGCAUCAUUUCUUUAAGGCACAUUUUUUCAGUUAUCUGUGAAGGAAGAACAAUUGUAGCACAUGGAAAUUCAAUCUGGUUCAGUAAAAUAUAAUUAGCACUUCCGAUUCUCUAUGUA